AUGCCUGCAGCACAGCAGCAAAUAGCAGCAGCAGGCAGCAAUAGCAGCAACAGCAGCAGGAGCAACUGCAGCACCAAACAGCAGCAACAACAUCAGCAGCAGCAGGAAAUAGUAGCAGCAGCAGCAGCAGCAGCAGCAGACCUGAGGGAAGCACAGCUUGCUGCACUAACACAGAAGCUAAUUCUCCGGUGUCUAUACACUGCAAUGCAUCCUCCUCUCUUACACCAGCCUCUGCAGCACAUAACUCUGCAGCAGCAGCAGCAGCAGCAGCAGCAACAGCAGCACUUAGACUCAACUGUGGCCAAAAUCAUAAUCACUGACAGCAGCAACUGCAGCACACUGCAGCAGCAGCAGCAAGAGGAGCAGAACACUGCAGCAACAGCAACAGCAGCAGCAGCAGGAGGAGGACGUACCUAG